AUGAAAGAAGAAGCUGAAGCUGCAGUGGAUGCUGCAAAGGGCGUACUACAAGAUCUAGUUGUAGUCGUCUCGCUUGUUCGCACGUUGACAGAGUCUUUCGGAUCUGCCCGCGACUUGUAUCGCAAACUCAAACCCAAGUCAAAAUCAGAUUCGCAUAGCAGUGACGAUGAGAAAGAAGAGCGGGAGAAGUGGCAUCACAGACCAUCUAGAAGACGCCGAGACUCUAGCCCAGAUUCCGACCGUGACCGCGGCCGUCGUCAUGUCCGCUGGAAGCUGGAUGCGCGCAAAGAGGAGUAUACCGACAGCGACGAGGAGCUCAUAUCCACUUCUUCAUCACAAGUGUUAGCCGAAUACGAUCGGGGAUAUCGAAAGUUAGGCGAAGGCUUUGCUCGAGGAGAUCUGGUCACGCAAACUCAGCUCCAAGCACAGAUCAUACAGCUCCAACGCACUUUACUCAGCAUCCACCAGGAUUACAUGAUGAGUUCAUAUCUGUCGCCAUCAUCUUCGCACUCGCAUGUUCUGCGUCUAAUACAAACUACGCGCUCGGCCCGCAUGGCAUCCAUUCAAGCACUUCAACUGCAAUGCCAACAUCCAUAUCAUAGCAUACCUGGGGCUUUCCCGGUGCCACCCGAACCCAGGCCUCGUCAUGACAGCGUGACAGAGAGGCCCGAUUUUCCGAAGGGGCGUGGAGAUAGAUGCGAUAGCCCUGGAAGAGAUCCGGAGGAGAUCACGAUUCAACCAUAUCCCAACCCUCGACCAAAGCCAACACCACCACAAGACUCGGAUCCCAGACGUGGGGAUCGACGCCGCAGUCCAGUCAAAGAUCCUGAAGAGAUCACGAUUCAACCAUACCCGACUCCGCGACCUAAGCCUAUCCCACCAGAAGAUUCGAAGCCUAGACGCGAUGGAAGAUACAAUGACCCAAUCAGGGAUCCGGGAGGGAUAAGAAUCCAACCAUAUCCUAACCCUCGACCAAAGCCCAGUCUACCACAUCAGUCUUACAACAACAAAGUAUUCUGCAUCUACGCCCGCGACCUGCAGAAGCAUCCUCGCCUCAAUCUUACGGAUAGUUACAAAGCUGGCGGCAACAGCAUGUGCCCUUACUGCCACGCGUACAACCCCGUGCGGCCGGGUAAGGCGUGGGAAAUCAUUGCGGACAGCCGAAACAGGAACGUGCACGAACGCCACCGCUUCUUGAUCAAGAAUCGCUUCGUGAUCAAGAGUCAUCAGGAAGGCGCGGGAUUUGCAUGUAUCUUUUGCGCGAGGUUCAGAGAGGCGGACACGGUGUGCAGGAGGGUCGAGGGACUUAUGGAGCAUUUGUGGAAAGAUCACACCAGCGAAGAGUUGGAGCGAGAUGAGGAUGUGUUUGAGAUUGACAAUGGCGUUUUCCAUGCCAACUGA